GGCUCAGAUCCCGGGUCGGGCACGAAGGGGGAAUAGUUAGAACGGGGCAAGACCAACCCGCCCUUUUCGGCUUUCCCUUCCCCUCUCUCAAAUUUUCUCGGGAAAGAAAACGCAAGAAAAUUAAAAUGGAAAUUCACUUUUCCAGUUAAACCCCCAAAACGGUUUUUGCAUCAGGCCAGCUCUCGCUCUCUCCCCCCAAAAACUGUCUUAAGCUCACGCUCCGCCAUUUCUCUUUCUCAAUAAAUAUCUAGGGUUUUCUUAAAUUCCUUUAUAUAUUCGUGGAAUCUUAAAUUUUCGAAUUCUCAAAUCCGUACUCUAUAACUGUGAGACGACAAAUGGAGGAAGGGACUAGUGGUGGUGGUGGAGGGGAAACGUCUUCGAGGAUAACGCCGUCGUAUGUGAAAUUAGGUGACAGGCAAAUAUUCACAGUAGAGCUUCGACCCGGAGAGACGACAUUUGUGUCUUGGAAGAAGCUUAUGAAAGACGCAAACAAGGCCAAUAGUCGAUCCGCACCAACUUUGGACCCGCCUCCGGACAACGCGCGUAUCAACCUUGAGUCACGCCUCGCUCCUGGACAACCAGUUGAAAAUGAAGAGGAGGCACCUCCUCCAAAUCGAUUCAGUGCUGUCAUUGAGAAGAUUGAACGACUUUACAUGGGUAAGGAUAGUAGCGAUGAAGAAGAUCUAAAGGAUGUUCCUGAUGAUGAUCAAUAUGAUACAGAUGACUCCUUUAUUGAUGAUGCUGAGCUGGAUGAAUAUUUUGAAGUGGACAAUUCAGCAAUAAAACACGACGGAUUCUUUGUUAACAGGGGAAAGCUGGAACGCAUAAAUGAACCUAUCGUUGUUCCUAACCAGCAAGCGAAGAAAAGACGAAGAAAGGAUUUAACCAAGGCCUCUGGUGAGAGUGAUGAUGGGCGUACAUCAAAUAAACAAGUUAAGCUGGGUAAAUCAGCAGCUGGGAAGAUAGCAUCACCACUGGGAAAGAACUCUUCAAAUCCCUCUCCAAAUUUGGUUGUGACAAGUGAAAACUAUGAGGAUGUGAGGGCUCAGAGUCUAUCAUAUACAUCUGGAAUUUCUUCUAAGAAGAAAUCUGCUGAAAUUAAAAUGAAUUUGGAUCCAUCUUCAUCAAUAAAAAUUUCAAAUGGUGAUGCUCCUUUAUCUCUAGCAGAGCCUAAGGAUAUAGAAAAGCUAAAGGCUGGAGGGGUCCUAGCUAAGAACCUGACUGACAAAGUGAAAGAUGCAGGUGGAUCUUCGGAUGUUUCCCAUCAGAAGUAUCAUGAUAAAAGUGCUUACCUACAGUCCAAGUCGCAAUUUGCAAAAUCAGUAACCAAUGUUGAUGAACUUGAACCAUCAGUUCGAUCAAAAGAAAAGAAUGGAGUCCAUGAACUGCCUGAUCUUAAUAUGCCAGAUGCCAAGAUGCCCAUGCAAGUAACAAAACCUUCACAAGUCCACAAAAAGGAUGGUUCUAGUGUUAGGCCCAAAGGUUCAAUGCUGGAAAAUGCCAUCAGAGAUUUGGAGAAGAUGGUUGCUGAAUCAAGGCCACCAGCUUUGGAAAAUCAAGAGGCUGAUACCUCAGCCCAGGCAAUCAAGAGGAGAUUGCCCAGUGAAAUAAAGCAGAAGCUUGCCAAAGUUGCAAGACUAGCGCAGGCAAGCCAAGGGAAAGUAUCUAAGGAGUUACUCAAUCGCCUUAUGAGCAUUCUUGGUCACUUAAUACAGCUCAGAACACUCAAGAGGAACUUAAAAAUAAUGAUUAACAUGGGCUUGUCUGCAAAGCAGGAGAAAGAUGAUAGGUUCCAACAAAUAAAGAAAGAAGUCGCUGAGAUGAUAAAGACAUGUGGCCCUUCUUCAGAUUCCAAGGCAUUGGAGCAACAAGCUGGAGCACCUGAUGACUUCCAAGAGAUUGCUUCCAGGGAAAAAGGAGCCCUUAAAAGAAAAUUUAGCAUGGAUGCUAUGUUGGAGGACAAAAUUUGUGAUCUUUAUGACCUUUUUGUUGAUGGACUGGAUGAAGAUGCUGGCCCUCAAGUUAGGAAGUUGUAUGUUGAGCUUGCACAAUUAUGGCCAAGGGGUUUCAUGGACAACCAUGGGAUCAAGCGUGCAAUUUGUAGGGCAAAAGAGAGACGAAGGUCCUUGUACAGCAGACACAAGGUACAUAAGGACCAGGAGAAAAUUAAGAGAAAAAAGAUGUUGGCUCCUAGAUUGGAUGAGAUUGCUCGAGUUGAGGCUGGUUCUGUUGCUCAGCAACAAUAUGUGCGAGAGAGGUUACCUACUGAUACAGGUGGUCCUGUUUUGGGUUUAGCCAGCAAGCCUGUUCCAAAUUCAUCAACAGCAGCUCUUCAGGCAUCAAGUCCUUCAAUGAACAUGCCAAACCUGGACAGGCUAAAACAGGAGAAGCCAAAAGGGAGUUCAAGCAAUCCUAUUGACGAGGCAAAGAUGGGAGUAGAUGGUGCAUUGACAAAGAAAAAAGUCAAGAGGAAGUCGGAACAAGAAUCGGACGAAACUCAUUUCCUAUCUGAGAAGUUGCAUUGCCAAUCUAGUGAAGAAAGAAACAAGUCCCUUAGGCAGGCUUCAGGUCUUUCUCAAAAGUUAAACCUUCAGUUGCCUGCUUCAAGUUUGGAACAGUCUUAGCUGACCUGAUAUAGUUAAUUAGGAAGUUUACACCAUAGAAGUAAUUGUGUUACAAAGCUGUCUUUUUCUUUGUUUUGUCUGUUAGCAGGUUUUAGUAAUUCUGACCAGCCAAUUGCCACCAUUUUUGUAAUUAUGUGUUGCAUGGUGCGUUGUUAAUUAGAGUUUCGUCUUGAAAUAGGAGAUGGCAGAAUGCUGUACUUUUCUUAUGCGAUUAAUGCAUUGCUUUGUCGUUUAACUUGAAA